UACAGAUACAGAUACAGAUAGAGAGGUUACAAAAACCUCUCUCUCUAUCUGUAUUUACCCUAAAUUUACAAAUUUAUUUCUUAAAAGCCAAUAAUUAAACCCAUCCCUUUUCAAUCCACUUCAGAAGCCCUAAUUUUUCCCGCUUGCUGUCGCUGAAGCAACAGUUUUCUUGAAGGUAUGCAGGCAGAUCAGACGGUAAUAAGCUUGAGACCAGGAGGUGGCGGUGGUCCGCGCGGACCCAGAUUCUUUACCCCUCGUUUCGAUUCCUCGUCUUCGUCUACUUCUGAUUCGGAAACUCUGCGCCCUCAUGGCGGUCUAAAUCCCGCCUUUAAGACGGGGGACUUGCGGUUUGAAGGUUGGGAACGAGUUCGAUAUACCCGGGACCAGCUGUUGCAACUUAAAGAGGUUGCUGACAUUCCUGAAGAUAUUUUAACGAUUAAACAAGAAAUUGAGUCUGAGUUUGAUGGCGAGGUUCAAACCUGGGGUGGUCAUGCAGAUAGCAAUUUGCAACCUCAGUCCCAAAAUCGUUAUUCCGAGACAGACAAUCGUGAUUGGCGUACUAGAUCUGCUGGAGAAGAGAAGGAUUCCAGUCGAUUUGAGUCGAAGCUGCAAGAAUUCAGUGCUCGUGAGGACCAACUAAAUUUUCAGUUUGCAAGGGCUCAAAUCACUUCUAACCAAGGGGUGGGACCUGCUCCAGCUCUAAUUAAGGCUGAUGUUCCAUGGUCAGCUCGAAGGGGAAAUCUCUCUGACAAGGAACGUGUUCUGAAGACAGUUAAAGGUAUUCUGAACAAAUUGACCCCAGAGAAGUUUGAUGUUCUCAAGGGUCAGCUGAUUGACUCUGGAAUUACAACCCCAGAUAUUUUGAAGGGUGUCAUCUCAUUGAUUUUUGAUAAGGCUGUGCUGGAACCUACAUUUUGUCCCAUGUAUGCUCUUUUAUGCUCUGACCUUAACAUGAAGCUUCCUCCAUUUCCAUCUGAUGAACCUGGUGGUAAAGAUAUCACUUUCAAGCGGUUACUUCUGAAUCAUUGUCAGGAGGCAUUUGAAGGUGCUGACAACCUGAGGGCUGAAAUUAGGCAGAUGACUGCCCCUGAAUUAGAAAUGGAACGACGGGAUAAAGAGCGACUUGUUAAGCUGCGAACCUUGGGGAACAUACGCCUUAUUGGGGAACUUUUAAAGCAGAAGAUGGUGCCUGAAAAGAUUGUUCACCAUAUUGUUCAGGAGCUUUUGGGAAGUGACAGCAAAGCAUGCCCAGCUGAGGAGAAUGUGGAGGCAAUAUGUCAGUUUUUUAUCACCAUUGGCAAGCAGCUGGAUGAGAGCCCAAAAUCAAGGCGUGUCAAUGAUGUCUAUUUUAGUAGGUUGAAGGAGUUGACCACAAAUCAACAACUUGCCCCACGGUUGAGGUUUUUGGUUCGCGAUGUUUUAGAUCUGCGAACCAGCAACUGGGUCCCUCGACGUGAAGAGGUGAAAGCUAAGACCAUUACUGAAAUUCAUUCAGAGGCAGAGAAGAAUCUUGGUUUGCGUCCUGGCGCAACUGCAAUGAUGAGAAACGGUCGUACAGGGGCUCUUGGGGGUAUGAACCCUGUAGACUUCCCUGUUGCACGACCUGGUUCUGGGGGUAUGAUGCCUGGAAUGCCAGGAACCAAGAAAAUGCCUGGAAUGCCGGGCCUUGAUACUGACAAUUGGGAGGUUCCUCGUUCUCGAUCAAUGCCAAGAGGUGAUGGUACAGGUCCUACUCAAUUUGCAGGACGUGUCCUGUCACCUUUGAUCAGCAAACCACCAUCUCUCAACUCAAAACUUUUGCCUCAAGGUAGUGGUGGUAUUAUAUCAGGGAAAAAUACUGCCUUGUUGCAAGGUGCUGGUGCUCCCCCACCCCGUUCUGGAUUUGGUGCAGGAAUUGAACCUGCACCUCAGUAUACUAAGCCUGUUGCGCCUGCUGCAUCAGUAAUUACAUCUACUGAGAAGGCAAUGCCACCUGCACCAAAACUAAAUCUUGCAGUUCUUCAAAAGAAAACCAUCUCUCUGCUUGAAGAAUAUUUCAGUGUUCAAAUUCUCGAUGAAGCACUACAGUGUAUAGAGGAACUAAACGCCCCAACGUAUUAUCCUGAGGUUGUUAAAGAAGCCAUUGCCCUUGCUCUGGAAAAGAUCCCUCCAUGUGUGGAACCUGUCUUAAAGCUUCUUGGGUUCUUGCUAAGUAAGAAUGUUGUGACAACCAGAGACAUAGGAACCGGGUGUCUUCUAUAUGGCUCGUUGUUAGAUGAUAUUGCCAUAGAUUUACCAAAAGCACCAAAUAACUUUGGUGAGGUGGUUGGAAAGUUGGUUGUAGCUCAAGGUUUGGACUUCAAGGUUGUAAAAGAAGUUCUGAAGAAGGUGGAAGAAGAUUUUUUCCGGAAAACAAUCUUCGAUGCUGCUAUGAGGAGCAUUGGUUCCAGCCCUUCUGGGGAAGAACUGUUGGGGACCCAAGGAGCUGAAAUUCAGGCCUGUGAAAGUUUACUCGCUUGAUUCAAAUUGGAGCCCUUUUAGACAUGAGAAGUUGUAAACACAACAGUUGCAUACUUCCUAUAUUUCCCAGAAUUUUGUCCUCUUUAAGUUACAUUUUUUUAUCAAUGGACCAGGAGCAGCCUUAAUUUAAUUGAGUUGUAUAUUUUUUUAUUUUUUUUGUUCAAGUGAGAAACAUAAUGUGUUGUAUUCUCUUAGUUGCUACCAGUUUAUUCUUACCUGGGAUGCUCGAGAAGAAUAGGAUCAUUGUGAUCUUGUAUUACAUUAUAUUCUGGAUUCAUGUGUACCAUGUUUUUGUCACCUGGCCACUACGGAAGUGCCCAAUUGGAUAAUGAACUUUGUCUUUUGCUUC